AUGCUGGUCGCGGCCCACUCCACGUACUACAAAUGCAAAGAGGAAGAUCUUCUCACCAAGCUCGGCAGAUGCUCUGAACUGGACUGCGCAGAACCACGAGACAGGCUCUACCCGCUCAUUGGUAUGGACACCAGUCUCUCCAUUGUACCGGACUACAGCUUUAGUACUGCCCAAGCAUACACUCAGCUCGGUAAAGCUAUGUGGGAGGCGGGCGAGGGCGUUUGUGCUUCCGAUAAUCUUCAGUAUCAUCGUCGUGCUUCCCAAGCCAUUGGCCUGCCUUCUUGGGUGCCCGAUCUUCGCUUCGGGUUCAACAGGUCGCAGCAUGUCGCGGCCGCCGAUCUUGGAGGGAAGGUCGAUCAGAACAAUGUACUGACCUAUUCUCCCCACCGGAUCGGACAAGUCAUCAAGGUUAGCGACCAUUCCCACUUCGUGCUCGAGACCAUGACGUUUGAGGAAGACCUAGAGUUCUUCUUGAAAUACACCCAGAGCAUUUCGAAGAGAUUGCCGUUGUCGACCUGA